GUGUAAUUUAGUAGCAACUGUAAUUUGUUAUUGUAUGUUUAGAUGUAACAGUAUUUUGGUUGCCAAGUUGUGUCAUUAAUGAUAUUCUGAGAUGUAAAAAUAAAAUAAAAAGCAAACGUAAUUUUUGUUAUAAUUUAAGAUGACGGUAAGGGUAUAGGUAUAUAAAAUAGUCAGCCCAAUAAAAGUUCACACGCUGGAUCACUUGUAGCUAUUGCGUGCAGCAUGUGCUCUGUGUCUUCACAUUCGUUCUCUCAUGUUUGUAAAGAGCGUCACGUGAAAGAAAGCUGGAGCGUGAACAGAACUAUGGCGACGGGAGGUGUAGCGCGUCUGACACUUGUUCAGAUAUGUCUAGCUUGUUGUAUGUUUUUAGAGAAUUGCAACCUUUUCAAAUCAGAAUCAACAUUAAGUCAAGUGUUAGACUCACGGGAGCUUUACCCCUACCGAGCUUACAAGGACGUCCAGAUAUUCCAUUACACAGUCCCGCAUCAAGUCUCCUUUGCAAGCUGGGAAUUUGAAGCUAAUGGGAGCACCUACUGCUCCCCAAAACCCAUCUCAGUUUUUUUGCAGUUUGGCAGCUAUCCUGUUAUCAAUCCACAAAAUGAAAGUUUCCCGGAUAAUUUCUUCUUCCACCGUAAGGACCUAUAUCACGUAACCAUGCUUACGAACUCUGAUCCAGUCCUUCUUAACGUUACCUGUCCGACGCCAGGAGACUGGUUUGUGGUAGCUUUUAUGACAGAAAACUCUCAAAAAAUAGUACAAAAAGGUCUUUAUCAUUCCUGUCAGGCAUGGUUUUCAUCCUCACUAAGCUUAAAUCUAGAGAAUUCAAUAACCACACUAUAUCCAGGAACUUCUCUACUUCAGCACAUGACAUCUGACCAGUUCUACAGAUUUUUUACACCAAAAAAUACUUGGUCUGUACGAGUUAGCAUCUCCAACUGUAAGACAGAACAAGAGUUAACAGAGAAUGAGUGCUCUUUGAUGGUGAUGGCCAGAGCUUUAGCGCUGCCUUCCUCUUACCUGUUGCCAGAUGUUUCAAGAACUACAAUAAUCGACUGUUCAGAGUUAGAACCUAAAGUUGACUGUGCUCUUGAGAUGAUCCCUAUAGAAGAUGACUGGAACUACAUUCUGAUUUCUUUAGUUAGUAAUAGCAGUGCAGAGUUCACUAUCAGAGUAGAAAUAGCAGUAUGUGAAGACAACAAAGAAGACAUGAAUCAAGAACUAGUUCCAACUGUUCACCAUGAGAACAUUCGAUCAAUCCCAUCUGUAUUGAAUUGGGACAAUAAAACACUGUCUGAACUUAACUUAGAGACAGAGGCCUUUACAGCUGCCCCCUUUUUGCACAAAUCAUCUCAUCAUCCCAUAAUUCAUUAUUCAAACAUCAAGGCUUCAUGCUGGGAUGAAGUGCCUUUAGUUCGUUACACUUUACAGAACUUAGCUUUUAAGUAUGAUGUAUUUCCUGGGAACAAUUCAUCUGUACCUGCUCAGAUUUAUGUUUCUACAGAAGUUCCCACCCUCAUGAGGUUUGAUGUGUUUCCUCUUCAAGACAUUGGAGGUACAUUAGCUUUGAAGCUUGCUCUUCCUGCUACUGAAGAUGAAAGAACCAAUGAUUUUUCUGUUGAAGCAUGUGUAGAGUAUGGAUUACGGCCCAUAUUAACACCAAGUGGAGCAUGUUUAACACAAAUGUCAGUUUUGGUUAACAGUAGCUCCUGGUACACUAGGCUUAAAACUUUAAUGAUUCCAUACCCUCAGGCAGGGAGCUGGUAUAUCAGUCUAUUAUCCCGUUGUUAUUUGGAGGAACGAAACAACAAUGCAAGCAAUACAUUAGAUGUGACAUGUAAUUCCAGCAAGAUACCAGUCAUUGUUCAGAUCAGUUCACUACCAUGUAUUCUGGGAAAAUGUGGAGAUCAUGGAAAAUGCUAUCAGUAUAUAAGUGGAGGUUUCAUCUUCAGCACUUGUGUUUGUAGUGCAGGUUGGCAAGGUUGGGGUUGUACAGACAGCAGACAUGCACUGUCAUAUGGCCAGCUCUUGCAAGCUGUUCUUUUGCUGACUUUAAGCAACAUAUUUUUUAUUCCUGCUAUUGUCCUAGCUUUCUAUCGUCAUUAUUAUAUAGAAGGAAUAGUCUUCUUCCUUACUAUGUCUUCUUCAAUGUUUUAUCAUGCCUGUGACACAGAGAUCAAAACGUUUUGUCUCAUGAGACUCAGUUUACUGCAGUACUGUGAUUUCUAUCUGGCUGUUUUGGCUCUAUGGGUAACACUGAUUGCCAUGGCAAAUCUCUCAGAGACAUUACGAUCUUUUGCACACAUGGGUGGAGCUGUGGGAAUUGCUAUAGCAGUAGAAUAUGACAGGACAGGUCUGUGGACUUUUGUGAUUCCAGCAGCAGUGGGAUUUUGUAUCUUGUCUGUAUCCUGGGUGUAUCACUGCAGACAGCAACACAGCUGCUACCCAAAGAUGAAGACUUGGUUUCUCUGUAUUCUACCAGGAGCUUUGUUUGCUGCUGGAGGAGUAGUUCUCUUUGCAAUCCUUGAGACUCAGAACAACUACACCUAUGUUCAUAGUGCUUGGCAUGCCACCAUGGCUCUGUCUGUAUUGUUUCUUCUGCCCAAAGAACGAGAAACCAAAGGUAGGCAGGAACCAAUCAACACUUGUAGCUACAUUCGUAUAGAGGAGCUGAAUGAUGUUAGUCUGUCCUUGGACCAUGGGGUAUAUGAGCACUUACUUCAGCCAUCCUCGUGAUUACAAUGUAUUAUGCUGCAUGUAAUGCUACUGAUUUAUAGAAUUAUAAAUUCUUUAUUGUGUUCACAUAUGGCUGCUUUGUAGAAAGUUACUUUAGUCUCAAAAUUAUGUUGGUUACUAAAUAAUGGUGAGAGAGAGUUAUUUGAAAUAUUUAUUGGAAUUACAGUAUUUUAAUUUAUUAAAACAAACUAACUGAUAUUUAAUGAUAUAAAACUUUGGACCAAUCUUUUGAAAACAAAUUAAAACAAUUUUUUGAUAGGAACAUAAUCAGUGUUAAUGUGAAUUUCAUGUGGUUUCCAAAUAACAUUUAUGAUACAUUACUUGUUGAAAUCAUUUCAAGUUUUGAAUGUUAAUUAUGAGACUAAACUACUUUUUUGUGCUCUAAGAUGAAGACUUUAUCAUAAGAAUCAGAAAUUUUUAAUGAACUCUUUUAACUAUCUUAUGCUCAAUAUAGGUUGUUGUUAUUUCAGAGAAUGUACAUUAUUUAAAUAUACACAUUAUGGUGUACUUUAAUGUAUAAAUGUACAUGUAUAUAAACUUUAUACAUUGGUAAAAUUUUAUGUGUAUUUGGCCUGUCAUUUGUACUUAUGUAUAAGUUAGUAAUGUGUGAAGACACCUAAAAAAUUCAAAUGUUUAGGUUAGAGACUAAAAACUGUAUGUGAUGUUUAGUAAUGUUAGUGUUUUCAUGAAUGACACAGUUAAUUUAGAUAAGCUGGUCUCAUGUGUUGUUUAUGCAGCUCAACUGUUUUGUAAAAUAAUAAUUUGUGCUCAACUUGUACAAAUGUGUUAAAUUUUAAUUUUGUUACUUGAAUUGUAGUAAAAAAUAAAUGAUUUGUCAUAGUUUUUUAGUUUAACAAGCACUUAGAAUUUAUUAGUUUAUAUGAAGUAUUUGGGUAGAAUUGAUAUUUCUGUUUGAUUUUAUCAUCAGUUCUUUAUUGAAAUAAGGAUAAAUCUCAAUUUGAUUGCUUUUGCAUUCAUAAAUAGUGAAACAUUACAAAUGAUUUGUGUAAAAAAGUGAGUAUUAUUUAUAAGAUAUAAUUUUUUCUUCAUCAGUUACAUGUGCUCUAGUCUCUCCUCUGCCUAAAGUAUAUAUUUUUUAUAUUUUCUUUGUAGCUCAUUUACAUAAACAAAUUCCUUGUAAAUACCUAAAACUUUUAUCAAAAUGGAGGUUUAUUAGUGAUAUUCUAAUAAUCGUUUUUGGGAUUAGUUCUGCUGGUGUUGGUAUGUGUGCAUUUAUAUAUAUAUAUAUAUAUAUAUAUAAGUGCACAACAAAAGUAGGAAACAAAUUUACUUCAGAACACAAUAUUCAGGAGUUUUAUGCUUUUAUAUACCUAUUAUCAUAAAGGUAUCAAAAUCUUUGGAAUGCUUCAUUUCUAUGGGUAGAUCAGGGAUAGAAAUAAUGAAAUAAAAUUACAUUCAUUUGAGGGAAAGCUAUCAGGACAAUUUCAUUCCAUCAGGUAAAGUUGCCUUUCCUCAUGAAUUGUUUUUUAUUUAAUUUAUGCAGUAUGUUCACAUUCAUUGGUCAUAACUAAAAGAAUAUGAAUGGACCAUGCAUUCCAGAUCGGGAAAACCAACUAAAAAGAUAAAAUUCCUCAAGCAAAGUUGAAUUCUUUGGGAAUGUGGGAAUGUAAUAUUUCGAUCCCUGUAGAUAUAUAUAUAUGUUUGUAUAUAAAUUAGGUUGAAUAGAGAUAGAACAUAAAUUUGCUGAUUGAAUGGUUGAAGUGCAUGUUAUUAAUAUAGCCCGAUAUUAAAGCUAGUCAGCAGAUGAAAUGAAACAAGACAUAAAGAAAUGCUGAACCAGAACUAAUUAAUAUAUUAAUUAUACCAUAUUUGUAUUAUCUGGUGUGAUGUGAUAUCCAUCUUAAAUAAUCAACUGCCUCUUCAAUGUCAUAAUUUAAAAUUGAGUCAUGAAAUGGCAAUAUUGUGUUUUAACCCAUCUAUCAUAGGAGGUUAGCUGAAAGCCUGUAGUUAUUAAUUAAGAAGAAGCUAGUCAUCUAAACAACUACCAAGUUCAUUUCAGCAUUAAUAUACAAUUGUGUCAGUAUAAAUAUAGAAUAAUAAACUUUUAUGGAUGGAUAAAAAGUGAUUGUAUUAUUGAUAUAUCUGUAGUUACCAUCUGUUGAGAAGGUCAGAAAGUACAUUCCAUUAUCGUUGUAUAUGAUAACAAGUUUUUAUAUUUAAUGACUUUGAAGACUAAUUGGUGAUGUUUUUCUGUUCAGGAGGUUUGUUUAAAAUACAUAUUUCGAAGAUUUGUAAAGAUUUGCAUGAUAUGUUUAAUUUGUAGAGUAUCAAGAUGGCAUGAUAUAUGUAAAAGCAUGAAAUAAAUAUGUAUGGGUAGGUG